AUGCAAAUCAACACCCAAACCCUCCUCCUUGCCCUCAUCGGCACUCUCUCUGCCGUCAACGCAACCCCGGCGUCCCCACACGCCCUCGCGCCUCGCGAGACGACUCCCGACGAGCCCAAGGCCGACUGCUGCUCAUGUGACCUCGAGAACCGAGGACCCAACUACAUCUGCCGCGUGCCCCCAGCCGGUGUCUGUGCCGUGCCGGCCAUCGCGUGCCCACACGACCCCAAGACGCAGGAGCAAUGCUGCUGCUGUGACAUCAGUGUGCCUGCGAUGCGUUGCAAGGCGAUUCCCAAGGGGAGCGGGUGCUUCUGUACCAUGAUCAAGUGUCCUUUCCAGUUUAAUAUGUCGUACUUGCCAAACUAUGGGUCAGCCGGUGGAGUGGCGGAGGUUGAUGGAUAG